UCAUAUAUGCUAAAAAAAAGUAAUCGAAGUUAUAUUAGUUUUUCUUUAUAAUCAGAAAUAGAGAACUAUGCCACCAAAACGAAAAAAAGAUGCAAAAAAGAUAUCCAUCGAUCCACCACCAGUAAUCGAACCGGAUAUUUUGGAAGUACUUGAACCAGAAGAACCACCGAAGCCACUAAUAUCAGCAGUCACAGGACAACCUUUCGGACCUCGAGUUCAUUACAUAAGUGAAAAAAAAGAAGAUGAGAGUUCAGAUGACGAACCUGAAUCUGAAAUCGAUGAAGAAGUAAAAUAUUUUGAAGAAGAAGCUCCGGAUGUGCCAUCAGAAUUUUGGCAUAUACAGAAACUUAUCAGAUAUAUGAAAGCAGGAAAUCAAACUGCAACUAUGGUGGCUGUCUGUCUUUUAAAAGAUCACGAUCUAUCCAAUAAAACGAUACAAAAAGCAAUUCGAGAUAUGGGAGGUCUAGAAAUCUUAGUGAAUCUACUCGAAACAAAAGAUUUAAAAUGUCAGAACGGCUCGUUGUCAGUCUUACUUCAAAUCAUAACAUCGAUAGAUAUGCGAAGGCAUCUAAUUGAUCUUGGUAUUGUAACACCGUUGAUUCAAAUGUUAAGAUAUCCAGCUAGAGAUAUUCAAGUUUUAGCUGCAGAAACUAUGGCUAUUAUCGCACGAAUAAGAAAAGCAAGAAAACAGAUACGAAUUAGAAAUGGAAUACCUCUCAUUUUGGAUGUAAUGGAUAUACCAGAUUCUAUCCUUCAGACACCAUAUAAUAAUUUAAAUGAAGCUAAUAAAGAAUUGAUAAAGGUUGCGAUAGCUUGUGCUAAAGUUUUAGAUUCACUGAGCAGUAGUCCAAAAAUAAGAGAAUCGCUUCACAAUCAUGGCGUAGUGAAUCACAUGGAACGUUUUUUAAAAUCACAACAUAUUUCUCUUAUAAUACCAAUGGUUGGAACUAUUCAGCAGUGCGCGAAUAGGGAUAUGUUUCGCAAAUCAUUUGAGAAAACAAAUAUUAUCUAUGAUGUGGUUCGACAUUUAAAAAGCGAUAAUGUUAAACUGCAAGAAAACUGUGCUCUAGCAAUAUACAAAUGUGGCCUCAACAAAGUCGCCAGGGACAUGGUUCGCCAAUCGUCUGGUCUAGAUGUAUUAUGCAAGCUUUUAGAAAAAGAAGAGGUUCGUGCUAAUAAACGAUUGCUAGCUGCUGUCACAGGUGGAAUAUGGAAAUGUGCCAUGAGUCCAGAGAACGUUAUAAGAUUCAAUCAAAAUAAUUUGAUAGCUUCUUUGGUACAAUUUCUGGAAGAAAUUGAAGAUGAAGAAGUGCAAGCGAAUGUUGUAGGAGCAUUGGCAGAAUGUUGCAAAGAUCCUGUUAAUAGAGACCGUUUGAGGAUCAAUGAAGGAUUGCCAAAUCUGAUCAAGUUAUUAAGUUCUACAUAUGAGCCUCUAUUAGAAAACAUACCAUUGGUAAUAAAAGAAUGUGCUCAAAAUGAAUUGUGCAUGGAUAUCAUCAAUGAUCCAGAGCAUGUCAACGAUGGUGUCCGAUUAGUUUGGUCAUUGCUCAAACAUCCCAGCGAUAAAAUCAAAAUAAAUUCCUGUCUGGCAUUGGUGCCUUGCAUUAAAUACGCGAAAGAUUCUCCUGAAAUGGUACGAGCAUUCGUGGGUGGAUUGGAACUCACGGUCAGUCUCCUCGACAACACAAACAACGAAGUGUUAAGUGCAGUAUGCGCCACUAUUGCUGAAAUCGCUGUAGAUCCAGAAAAUUUAGGCAUUCUUAGCGAUCAUGGUGUAGUGGAUAAACUGGCCGCCCUUGUGACCACGCAAGAUGAAAAUUUGCGUGCAAAUUUAACCUUAGCCAUUGCUCAUUGUUGCGAAUGGGGAGAGAAUAACUAUAAAUUUGGUCAAUUACAAGCAGUUGCUCCAUUAAUUAGUUAUAUGACAAGCAAGAAUAAAAAUGUUCUUAGAGGAGUUUGUACAGCUACAUAUCAUUUAAGCAGGGAACCUAUGAAUUGUAUUACUAUGCAUUCUGCUGGUAUUAUUAAGCAUAUAUUACGUUUGGUGGGAUCAGAUGAUCCAGAAUUGCAAAUUGCUGCAGCAUCCACCAUUCGAAACAUUAGAAAGCUCGCAUUAACAGCAGAAAAAUUGCACUUUAGAGAAAUAACUACAUUAAAAGAAACAGAUUAUUUAUUGUAA